GAUAAUAACAAUAAAGUGCAAACUGUGAAAAAACUAAACAAAACAAGUUCAAAUAUGUGUUGUAAAUAUCUUGUCUGCCAGCUGAGGAAGGUGCUGCUCUCUGCCUUGAACAUGAAGAUUUAAUUCAUUCAGCUUUCCAAAUAUGUCACUGAGACGGGGCGACUUCCUCAGAAAUUAUUCAUCAGCAAACUUGCCUGCAAAUUAAUAAUUAUAAUUGAAUAAAUAAAUGAGAAACUGAGUCCACCUCCUCUUUGCAGAAUAAUAUGUGUAUGGAUAAUAUGUGUACAAUUUCAAUUGUAUUGUACUGUAAUGACGAUUUUCCCGCAUGCGGUAUUCACCAAGUUUCCUCUAAAAGAACUCCCGUGGCUCAUCUCCGUGAGUGGGGUGUAAUGUCUCCGUGUUGGGCUUCAUACUGUCCGCUGCCAGAGUUUCAGACAUACAACACAGACUGGUCUCGAUGCAGAUGAGGAGAGACCUGCCAAAUGUCUCUUCAUUGUGCUAAGCUACUAAGCUACACGUGAGUCUUAUGCUGCGUUCGCACCAAGGCAGCGUUAAAGGAUCGCGCAUGCGCACGCGUAACCUGUUAACGCCGUAACCGUAACGUAAACAUGUACACGUAGUUUUGUAAUAUGUGAAGUUGUCCGCACUGCCCCCCCUCGAAGCCCCACAGUUUGAGAACCAACUGUGAACGAACUAAACCAACAGCAGGGAGGACCUGUGACCUGAGGCAGACACCCAGGAGACAUCUCCUAUGAUUGGGCUUCUACUCUUUCUGCUUUGUUUUUACCACAAAGAAAAGAUUUAAACAAGUAAACUGUUCUCUUGUGCCACACAUCGGAAACCCCGUUAAUGUAACGCCUGAUGACCGGUGGUACUAAAGGAUCCAUAUGUCUCCAGGAACCACUUCCUCUGUGAUGGAUCUCCAAAGCUGUCUGAAAACCACCCUGAAGAACAAAUAUCAGAAACUAAAUGAAGAAUCCUCAGAAAAGUUGUUACUUCCUUCGAGACUUUGCUAUCGACGGCUCAAGCACGACUACCCGCUGUCUAAUUUGCACCAGCACGAGUUUAGAUAUGUUGACAAUUCUGACCUUCACACUUGGGUUGUUUUUGAAACCGUCCCGCUUGCCGAUAUUUUAUCGUGCGAGUGCAAACAUAACGGCAGCCGAAAAACGGUCAUCACCUUAGGAGUGUGCGGAGUUGGCAAAACCACAGCGGUGCAGAGUUGUGCUCUGGCGUGGGCCGAGGGGAAAGGGCACCGCGACAUCAAGCUCCUGUUUCCUCUCACGUUCUGGGAGCUGUAUUUGCUAAGAAGUGAAUUGAGCCUUAUUGAACUCCUCCACACGUUUUACCCUGACUUGAAGGACCUCGACUUCUCCUGCCUGAAUGAAAACAACGUGUGGUUUGUCCUCGACGGACUGGACGAGUAUCAUCGCCCGCUAAACUUCAGCUGUCCAACUGUGAGUGAUGCUUCUGAGGUAUCCACGGUGGAUAACAUAGUGACCAGUCUGAUCAGGGGGAACUUACUUCCCAGUGCUCAUAUAUGGAUAACGACCCGAUUUGCAGCGGCGACACAAAUCCCCAGUUGCCAUUUGCUUAAAGAGACUGCGGUUCAAGGGUUCAGUCAUGAACAGAAGGAGCAGCUCUUCAGGACGGUGAUCGGUAACGAGGACCUGGCCAACAAAGCCUUCAACCACGUGAAGAUAUCAAGGAGUCUGGACUUUCUCUGUCAGAUACCUCCGAUCUGCACCAUCAUGGUAAACGUGCUGAAGGAUCAUCUAAAACCAGACGCUGGGUUUAAAAUCAACCCCCUGAAUUUAACCCAGAUUUACACAAAUCUGGUCAAAGCAUCCAACCCGGACAUUGUUGCCAAGCUGAAAAAGCUGGCACUGCGUCGAAUGGGAAAGGCUCAUGUGAUGUACGAGUCAGAUUUCCCAGAGAGCGACCUCAGCGUUGAGGAAGCGUCCACUUUCUCCAAGGAGUGUCCUCUGGUGUUGAGAGAAGAGACGGGGCUCCAUAACACCACGGUGUUUCGCUUCGGCCACUCGAGCAUUGAGGAGUUCUUGGCUGCGUCUGCUAAAUUGGACGAUUUUGAAACGGGUCCCGUCUACUCUAACCGUUGUCGGUUUCUGGUGGACCAGGUGCUGCAGAAUGCCGAGGGAAAGAAGGACGUCUUCCUGCGCUUCAUCUUUGGCCUCCUUAAGGAACGGGGCAUGCUGGAGCCCACUGAUCCGCUGUUUGAGCAAACCAAGAAGAAGGUCCUGGAGAACAUUCUGUCCUACAGCGCCGUGGCCUUGUUCCACUGUCUGAGGGAGUACGACAACCAGGCUUUACUGGGAGAGGUCAAGUUCUUCCUGAACUACGGCUUCUCUCCGUUCCGUGAGUUCUCGCCAACACAUUGGAAUUAUAUGAUGCAAAGGACCAGCAAUUUUGAAGGGAUGAGGGAGAGUUUUGAGAUGCAGUUGUCCACGAGAUGUGAUGACAGCCUCCUCAAGCAGCUGCCAGCUAUUUUGAAAUCCAAGAAAGCCAUGCUGCGAUUCUCCAACCUGACCGAUAAGUGUUGUCCAGCCUUAGCAGCAAUCCUGAGCACAAGAGAGUCCUACCUGAGGGAGCUGGACCUCGGAUACAACAGCAUCAGUGACGAUGGAGUCGAGGAACUUGUGGAGGGGCUGAGCGACCAAAACUGCCGGCUGAAGACGGUAAGGUUGCCAGGCUGUGGAAUGACCUCGCAUGCCUGUAAAUUCCUGGCCAAGGCCCUGAGACGGUCCCUGAAACUCCAAGAGUUGGAUCUCAGCAUGAACGAAAUAGGAGAUGACGGAAUGAAACAUCUCGCAGAUGGUUUGAGAUCUCCUGAAUGCAAGAUAGCAACACUGAGAUUAUCACAGUGCAACAUUGAGCAAAAGGGCUGCUAUCAUCUGGCCUCGGCUCUGCAGAUGAACUCCAGCAGCCUGAAAGUGUUGGAUCUGAGCAUCAACACGGUCGGAGACAAAGGCGCCAAUGAGCUCUUUAAGAAAUGUGAUAUAUCGCAGCUUACGAAGCUGGAGAUGUACCACUGUGGCCUCACCGUGUUAAGCUGCGGAAGUAUCGGCGAAGCUCUGAAGUUCGAAAACAGCAACCUGGUCGAGCUCAAUUUGAGCAACAACAACUUGAAAGAUGCAGGUUUUGAGCUCAUCUGCCAGGGCAUGUACGCGUGGUGUAGUCUGGAAAAACUCAACGUGUCCAGAUGUGGAAUCACUGGUCAGGGUUGCAAUUAUCUGGCGACUGUGCUGUGCUCAGUCUCCCAGCUCUACAGCGGGUUGAUGAAGAAGACCGACUGGCAAGCAGUGGAGCUGGAAGACCUGGACCUCAGCAUGAACUGCCUCAGAGACAACGGAGUCAAAGAGAUCUCAUCUGGCCUGAAGAAUCCACUGAGUCAUCUGAAAACUCUCAACCUGAGCGACUGCAGCCUGACCGAUGACUGUUGUCCAGAGCUCGCCUCAGGACUCGCUUCAAAGGAGAGCGUGAUCAGUGAGCUGGACCUGUCGGGCAAUAAGCUUCAAGAUAAGGGAGUGAAGAAACUCUGCGUGGGACUCAAAAGCCCUCAAUGUAAACUUGAGAAGUUGUCGCUGAGGACCUGUGGCCUGAGCUCGAGGAGCGUUCCCUUCCUGACCGCCGCCCUGAAGUCAAACCCCAAACAUCUGGCGGAGCUGCAUCUGAUGGGCAACAACCUGGAAGACUCGGGAGUCCGAGUGCUUCUGGAACUAACAAGGAACCAGAAAUACUGCCUACAUACAAUAGACGUCUUGGCAGACUGAGGAGAGAACAAGACACGCGGUCACGCUUCCUCAAACCUUCUCAAAGUAUUUCAAGUGCUUCAUCUUCUCUGUUUAAAAGAGAUUUUCCAAGAAGACGUUAUACACCCAACAUGUGUUUCAAAGCAAAAAUCUGUUCGCAAUUAAAACAUUUUUUGUAAAUUUUA